AGGGCACAUAUAGCCCGCGGCCAAUUUUCCCGUCUACCAAAGCAAGAUGGCAGCUGUUGUUGAGAAUGUUGUCAAACUGUUGGGAGAGCAGUACUACAGAGACGCCAUGGAGCAGUGCCAUAACUACAAUGCCAGGCUCUGUGCCGAGAGGAGUGUCCGCAUGCCGUUCCUCGACUCUCAGACCGGUGUGGCUCAGAGCAACUGCUACAUUUGGAUGGAAAAGAGACACAGGGGACCAGGCAUGGCACCGGGGCAGCUCUACACCUACCCAUCGAGGAGGUGGAGGAAGAAACGCCGAUCUCAUCCUCAAGAGGACCCGCGGCUUAUCUUCCCUCCUGUCAAGUCAGAGAUAGACGUAGGGGUGAAGAAGGAUGCUCUGUUACCAGCGGAUGGCAGCAGCCUGGAGGCCCUGCUGAAGGGGGAGUCCGUGGAAAAACGGCCGACCACAGAGCUGCGAGGGUCUGAGGAGGAUUCAAACCAGAGCGACUACACCGGAGGCCUGAACCCGGCUGCUCGCAUUAGAAAGAGAGUCCUUGAGCCAGAUGACUUCCUGGAUGACCUGGAUGAUGAAGACUAUGAGGAGGACACGCCUAAAAGAAGAGGCAAGGGAAAGGCGAAGAGUCGAGGAGUGGGCAGUACCAGGAAGAAGCUGGAUACGGCGGCACUGGAGGACCGAGAGAAGCCGUACGCGUGUGACAACACUAUCAAACAAAAGCAUAUUUCAAAACCUUCUGAAAGAGUCUGUGGGAAGCGCUACAAGAACCGUCCUGGUCUAAGCUACCACUACGCCCACUCCCACCUGGCUGAGGAGGAGGGUGAGGAGAAGGAAGAGAUGGAGAUCAACGAGCCUGCAUUGCCGCAGCCCAAUGAGUCUAAAACUCCCAAGAAAGGCCCAGAUGGUCUCGCAUUGCCUAAUAAGUAUUGUGAUUUCUGCCUGGGAGACUCCAAGACCAAUCACAAGACCGGCCAGUCAGAGGAGCUGGUGUCCUGCUCCGACUGCGGACGCUCGGGCCACCCCUCCUGCCUGCAGUUCACUCCUGUAAUGAUGGCUGCUGUGAAGACGUACCACUGGCAGUGCAUAGAGUGCAAGUGCUGCAACAUCUGCGGCACCUCAGAGAAUGACGAUCAGCUUCUGUUUUGUGAUGACUGUGAUAGAGGCUAUCACAUGUACUGUCUCAACCCACCCAUGGCUGAACCUCCAGAGGGGAGCUGGAGCUGUCAUUUAUGUCUGGAACUUUUGAAAGACAAGGCAUCCAUAUACCAGACCCAGAACGCCCCACCAUCGUGAUGGCUGCCUCCCCCUGUGCACACACUCAUCACUCACCCGUCCCGCAGCAGUAUGGUUUACCCUUCAAUAUCAAACGUGAGCUCCCCUGACGAGCUGAGCUCGGAGGGAGUGUGUUCGGAACAGACAAUAAAUUGUGAAAAGGGAUGUUUCCCUCACCAAACGGCCCUCACGUAGCUUCAGAUAUGACUGUUACACAGUUCCAAGCUCAGAUACAGCCCCGUUGAUUUUUAUUUUCGUCUCUUUUGUACGUAGCCAAUUUGAGCAGUACUGAAUUUCACAGCAUAAAUAGACUAAAUCUGACCUCCCAUUCAGGUUUUUUUACACACACAGUCGCAAAGUUUGCUAAAACCUUCUCUAUCCUGCAGUGUACUGAUUUUAUGAGAAGAGCAGAAAUGGAGCUUGUUUGAAUGAAGUAGCAUGCCAGUGCUUGCUAAUCAUAAAAAAUAGAUUUUAUAAUAUUUAUAUAUUUCUAUGGUAUACAAUAGUGUUAAGUAUGUACAAUUUGGAAAGAAAAAAAUGGUAAUGCAACGGUCUUUUUAUUGGUGCCCAUUUCAUCAUGAUGGAAAUAUCCACAACCACGUGUUCUUUUAUGGCACUGGUGAUAUUUGGGGGAUUCUCUUGAUGGAGUCAAAGGGAUCUGCUGAGACUGUAAAGGAUUUAGCAUCUUAUCCACUGGCCACACAGAAACUUCAGGCGCUAUGAAUAGAAACCCUUACGUGGCUCCCAUAGCUGAGGGACUCGAGGAAUGGCAGGUUAGACUAGUCUGGUUGUUGACUCGUGUGUGCUUGGGGCUGAUUAAGCAGCACGGAGCUUCGAGAGGAUGCAUGACAUAAAAGUGUGCAUGUUUUAUUCAGGCUUUGGGGCCUUUUUUGACAAAAAUGUUAGCUUCUUGACAUUAGACUGAAAAAUCUUCAAUCUGCACACCUACACACGCCUUUGUUAGACAGACGAUGGCUGUUCCAGUCAAAUCAAAAAACAAAUCUUACUUGCAUAAAAACCCUCUGUUGCUGUGUUUUAGCAGUUUGCUCAUCAGCACUAUAUCUAAUACCUGUUUAUGUGACACCAUUAGAUUAUUUUAAUGUAACUGAGGACUGGGCAACCUUGUAAAUGGUCCCUUGAUGACGAUAUAGAAGCAAUACAGGAGCUCCUGUAGGAGGCUGGGAUGACGGGGAUUCAUGGCAGAGUCUGUUUAAGCUCUGUUGGCAGAUAAUGUGGAAAAUGCUAAUACAGAUAGGAGACUGUGGCAACAAAUAUGGAUGACUCCAUAUUGUAAAAAGAGAUUAUAAUGUGUAUAUGUAUAAUCCUAUGAAGAACUGUUCUUUUUGUCACUGCUUUCAUAGUUUUAUUAUGCAAUGGUUUCCUUUUGUGGCAAUGCUAAAAGAAACGGUCUAGUUACUUUACCUCAAACAGUAUUUAAAGGGUUGAAACAUGCUGUUGCUAGAUGGCACAGAGGAAUACAUAGUAAUGACAGCUGCAGUGUCUGCUUCAAUAGCUGCAUAUUCUACAGGUAAAUAAGUGCAUGCUCCGUAAUCGUCUGCACUCUCAUACGCUACGUAUCCGUCUCAGCGUUAGGCCGGCAAGGUGUGGGGAAGUGGCGUAAUAUAAAAUAACCAAGCCAUCAUGACGUUUUAUUAGCCCACUAACAAUUACUACAUAAGUAUAACUUGGUUUAUUUUCUCAUCACGUUUGAACUUGGUUAUGUAGAGACGGUGGCGACUAGAAUACUUUGCUGGUUGUUUUUGUAUUCAUGGAUGAUGUUUGCGUACUCUGUGUGGGACAUUUGGGAUACAGUGGAAUUUGCUCUCUAGUUAAUCCUGUGAUCCAGGUGUCGACUGCGCUGCUCUCUUCCAAAGCUCAAAACAAGAAGCAAAGCCCGUAAUGUGAUUAAGAGACAAAUUCUGGAGCUGCACCUUUUAACACUGGAUGGUUAAGUAAUGUACUCGGUAUCUACCUUCUAGGCUAAACUUAGAGGCCAUGAACAAGAAGGAAGUCCAACUGUUGUCAUAGUAUAUUUUUUAUAUAUAAAUAAAUCUCAGAUUAUGGUUUUCUGGUCUCGAGCUUUGGGAGAGAAGUGUUCAUCACGACAAAUAUUAAAACUGAGGUCACAGGUUUACAUAGAUGGAUUAUCUUUGGAUUGUGAUGGAAUGUUUUAUUGUGCAAAAUUUUGUCUUCAGGAAAUAAAAUACUAGGCGCUAUAA